AUGAGACAAGCGACAGAAUACAUCAGAAGCACCUAUUCUGAACGACCACAGCAUGCAUCAGACUGCCCAGUAUAUACCGCAGGUGUAUGUACAUGCGCUGCUGAUGUUGAGUGCCCACCUGGGUGGAGGAAGCCUGGACCUGUCGACUGCAAGAGCUUCUCCAGACCGGUCAGGCCCCUGCUAGCACAUACAUCAGUACCUCCACAUUGCGAUAGUAUCGGUCCAGAUAGGUACUUUAAAUAUCCCAUUCCUGGCGAGAACUGCGAGACACAUGCGUUUGGACCAGACUCCAUGGGGUGCGUGGGGUUGUUGCGUGGAGACCCCUACACUAUCCCAACAAAGAUCUGUUGUAUUCAGAGCCACGAAGCGUAUCAAAGACCUGCCUCAACCGUGUAUAGACGCGAGGAUCUCCAUACCACGGUUGCUCCAGCAGCUCGCCUUUGUCACUGGCCUGGACGAAUAUCAAACUUCAGACUGAAUGAGGAAGUUCCUGGGACACGUGGCCGAACAACUCUGGACGUGACCCCUAAGAAGGAUCAGCUCUUUGAGCCAUUCGAUGACGGGUUCUCUCUUUGCCCAUACAACAAGCCUCAACCCGUCAUCCAGAAGUACGCUGUAUCGACAAAGUGGGAAGAUGGUGUUACUUGUUAUGAGUGCGGUGAUCCCGCAGAUGCUCGAUAUCUAAAGGAAGAGUUGAUAAAGCGUAUUGCAAAAGAAUAA